AUGAUAGACAGAUGCCUGCCGCCACAAGAACGGCCUCCACCGCAGCAACCAGAGGCAUCACCGCCGCGCGCUUAUUUGCCCAUGUUUGGACCACUCACUUUAAGGCAACACUUGCUUUAUGGGCGCAGUGAAAGGCCCAGAUUAACGCAUCAUCAGAUUGCGGAACAACGCAGAUUGGAACUGCAACGAUACAGAGAGCAGGUGGCCCUCAGACACUCGCAAAUUCCCCAGCAAAUUCGUCCCGAACAUCUGGACCCUGAUCCACUGAUAUUGCCACCGAGCCCAAAUGAGCCUGGAAAUAGAGAAAGGGCACUGAUUAACACAGUUCAACACUAUAACAACAACACCAACUACAGCACUGUGAGUGUCCUUCCCGGCCGCCAUGGCCUGACGGCGGACAGCCAAAGCACAACUGCCAUAUUGCCGCCUGCGGCGACUGGUACGCCGACUGUGCACGAUCCGGAUGACGGAGUUACAGACAGGGACUCCUCGGCUCCCCAAAUUGAUGAGAUCGACCACGCUCUGUGGUCCAUGGCACUGCCAGCCACAAGCUCUAAUGCUGGAAACAUCAUCGCUCAGACACUGCCGAGUUCCGUGGCAGCGGCAACGCCAGUGGCACAGAGUAUGCUUCAGACAGGCCAGGCUGAUGCCGAACAAACAUCACCAGCCAUUGUGCCACCUGCGGCAGGCUCCACAGCCGCUGCUGACAGGCACACAAUUGCAACGACUGUUAACUCGAGUCCAUCUGCAGUCAGCGAUGAACUGGCUACUACACUGGACAGGUCGCCGCAUGCUGUGGCAGAUUCGCCUGGCCUGGCGGUGGCCACACUAACUUCACCAGCCAUCUUGCCACGUGCGGCUGUAAACGCACCAAAGGCUCCCGAGCACAACGCCAGCUUCUCAGCACCAGGCCCUCUGGCUGCACUAAUGCUUGUGACUCCAAAUACAUCUGGAAGAAGAAGGAAGCAAGACAUUAAUACAGCUCCAACACACAAGACAGGCACAGCUCACACAACCAUCGAAGACCGCUGCUCUAUGGAGACCGAUCAGGCACCGUCAGUACUAGCGACACUCGCAGUCAACAAGGCACCCCCCGCUGUUGGACAGCAGGCAGGCCAGGCUGAGGCCGAACAAACAUUAACAGCCAUUGCGCCACCUGCGGCAGGCUCCACAACCGCUGCUGAUAGGCACACAGUUGCAACGAUUGUUAACUCGAGUCCAUCUGCAGUCAGCGAUGAACUGGCUUCUACACUGGACAGGUCGCCGCAUGCAGUGGCAGAGUCGCCUGGCCUGUCGGUGGCCACACUUACUUCACCAGCCAUCUUGCCACGUGCGGCUGUAAACGCUCCAAAGGCUCCCGAGCACAACGCCAGUUUCUCAGCACCAGGUCCUCUGGCUACACUAAUAUCUGUGACUCCAAAUACAUCUGAAAGAAGAAGGAAGCAAGACAUUAAUACAGCUCCGGCACGCAAGGCAGGCACAGCUUACACAACCAUCGAAGACCGCUGCUUGAUGGAGACCGAUCAGGCACCGUCAGUACUAGCGACACUCGCAGUCAACAAUGCACCCCCCGCUGUUGGACAGCAGGCAGGCCAGGUAGAGGCCGAACAAACAUUAACAGCCAUUGCGCAACCUGCGGCAGGCUCCACAGCCGCUGCUGAUAGGCACACAAUUGCAACGAUUGUUAACUCGAGUCCAUCUGCAGUCAGCGAUGAACUGGCUUCUACACUGGACAGGUCGCCGCAUGCUGUGGCAGAUUCGCCUGGCCUGGCGGUGGCCACACUAACUUCACCAGCCAUCUUGCCACGUGCGGCUGUAAACGCACCAAAGGCUCCCGAGCACAACGCCAGCUUCUCAGCACCAGGCCCUCUGGCUGCACUAAUGCUUGUGACUCCAAAUACAUCUGGAAGAAGAAGGAAGCAAGACAUUAAUACAGCUCCAACACACAAGACAGGCACAGCUCACACAACCAUCGAAGACCGCUGCUCAAUGGAGACCGAUCAGGCACCGUCAGUACUAGCGACACUCGCAGUCAACAAGGCACCCCCCGCUGUUGGACAGCAGGCAGGCCAGGCUGAGGCCGAACAAACAUUAACAGCCAUUGCGCCACCUGCGGCAGGCUCCACAACCGCUGCUGAUAGGCACACAGUUGCAACGAUUGUUAACUCGAGUCCAUCUGCAGUCAGCGAUGAACUGGCUUCUACACUGGACAGGUCGCCGCAUGCAGUGGCAGAGUCGCCUGGCCUGUCGGUGGCCACACUUACUUCACCAGCCAUCUUGCCACGUGCGGCUGUAAACGCUCCAAAGGCUCCCGAGCACAACGCCAGUUUCUCAGUACCAGGUCCUCUGGCUGCACUAAUAUCUGUGACUCCAAAUACAUCUGAAAGAAGAAGGAAGCAAGACAUUAAUACAGCUCCGGCACGCAAGGCAGGCACAGCUUACACAACCAUCGAAGACCGCUGCUUGAUGGAGACCGAUCAGGCACCGUCAGUACUAGCGACACUCGCAGUCAACAAUGCACCCCCCGCUGUUGGACAGCAGGCAGGCCAGGUAGAGGCCGAACAAACAUCAACAGCCAUUGCGCAACCUGCGGCAGGCUCCACAGCCGCUGCUGAUAGGCACACAAUUGCAACGAUUGUUAACUCGAGUCCAUCUGCAGUCAGCGAUGAACUGGCUUCUACACUGGUCAGGUCGCCGCAUGCAGUGGCAGAGUCGCCUGGCCUGGCGGUGGCCACACUUACUUCACCAGCCACCUUGCCACGUGCGGCUGUAAACGCCCCAAAGGCUCCCGAGCACAACGCCAGCUUCUCAGCACCAGGUCCUCUGGCUGCACUAAUAUCUGUGACUCCAAAUACAUCUGAAAGAAGAAGGAAGCAAGACAUUAAUACAGCUCCGACACACAAGACAGGCACAGCUCACACAACCAUCGAAGACCGCUGCUCGAUGGAGACCGAUCAGGCACCGUCAGUAAUAGCGACACUCGCAGUCAGCAAGACACUCCCCGCUGUUGGACAGCAGGCAGGCCAGGCUGAGGCCGAACAAACAUUACCAGCCAAUGCGCCACCUGCGGCAGGCUCCACAGCCGCUGCUGCUAGGCACACAAUUGUAACGACUGUUAACACGAGUCCAUCUGCAAUCAGCGAAGAACGGGCUUCUACUCUGGACAGGUCGCCGCAUGCUGAGGCAGAGUCGCCUGGACUGGCGGUGGCCACACUAACUAAACCAGCCAUCUUGCCACGGGCGGCUGUAAACGCACCAAGGGCUCCCGAGCACAACGCUAGCUUCUCAGCACCAGGUCCUCUGGCUGCACUAAUGUUAGUGACUCCAAAUACAGCUGAAAGAAGAAGGAAGCAAAAUAUUAACAACAACAACAACAUCAACAACAACGCUACUCACCAGACACCAGGCAACUCAGCACUAGCAGCAACUAGCCACUCCGCACACGCCACAACGCUAACUACGGCCGGCAGCACACCUUCCGACACAUCAGACACAGAAGUGCUGGAAGCUGAGUGUUGCCUGCCAUAA